AUGAGCGGAAUGCCUGUCCACGGGAGCCAAACAUCACCGCAUAAAUUGGUCCCAUUUUACGACAACUUCGGCGGAGAGGGUCAGUCGUUGGCGAGCUCUAAGUCCAGGAGCCGUAACCGCAAUCGGAACCGGCGCUGGAAAUCCAAACCCCGGAGCGAAUCCAACGCCUCGUCGUCGAUCGGGGCCUACGCUGAGGGACAGUCGGCUCAGAGACCGCACCCACAGCACCCGCACCAUCACCAGCAGCUUCAGCACCGGACCCCUAAGCAUAAGAGCGCGUCCAACGCUGGCAUGUCGUUCCCAGACGACGGGGACAGCCAUUAUCAUAGAGGCGGUGGUGGCGAUCAUCAUAAUCACACCAAUCGUUUUCGCGGCAGAAGUCAGUCCAAUGCGUCGGUGCUGUCGGUCCAGCAAAAAGGCGCUCCUUAUCGGCCCGACAACUAUGGCGGCGAUCGGAGCUAUCAGUCGUCCGGCGGCCGACAGCACCAGGACUUCGGUGGUCGACAUAACCAGCAGUUCCGGAGUGAUCGACAACACGACAGGAAGGACUGGAACAGAGACCGG